CAAAGCUAGCCUCAUGCCCGACUCCUCCACACUCCAUCUCUGCCUCUGAUCCGAACUCGACACAUUCUCAUUAUCUCUCACUGUUCCACAUUGAGGAAAUGAGAUAGCCCAGACUAUAGGCUGCAUCUCAGACAAGAGCAGCAGGACUCCGGCCACAUGCGUGACCCCUCCUUUGGUCAUAACCACACCCAAUUCUCCAGAAUUUACUUCUAAACCUGAAAGGCUCCCAAGGUCUAGUCACUGAUGCACAAGGAACCCGAGUCACAGCCUCUGGACGAUCCACAGGGAACAGGCCUGGUGAGGCAGAUCCCUGUUGGCUCAAGCAUGGAAAGGAUAUAUGAAAAUCUUCAGCACUUGGAGACUGAGGAGAAAAGCCAGGAGGUUAGAAAUGGGCCGCUUCCUCUCCGGUUGUUCCUGAGACAUCUCUGCUCAGGGCCCCUAAUCUUCUUGCUCUCCCUGGGACUCAGACUCCUUCUGCUGGCCGUCAUCUAUAUCAUUGGGUCCCAAUAUUCCAAGUUCCAGAGGGACCUGGUGACCCUGAGUGCGGCUUUCAGCAACUUCACGUCCAGCACUGCGGCUGAGGUCCAGGCACUGACCUCCCAGGAGAGCAGCUUACAGGAAAUGAUGACAUCUCUGAGAGCUGAUAUGGAGGGUCACAGGCAGGACCUGCAAGCAGCCCACAGCUUGAAUGACAAGGUGCUUUCUCUGGAGAGCAGGCUGGAGAAACAGGAGCAGGCGUUCAAAGCAGUUUAUUCCAAUAUGCUCCUGCAAGUCCAGCAGCUGAAGGAGGACCUGAAGUCUCUGAGUAGCCGGAUUGUUUUUCUUACACGCAAUGGCUUCAAAAUCUCCUGGUGCCCUGUUAAUUGGGUGGAGCAUGAGGGCAGCUGCUACUGGUUCUCUCGCUCUAGGAAGACCUGGUCUGAGGCGGAGAAGUACUGCCAGCUAAAGAUGUCACACCUGGUGGUCAUCAACUCCAGGGAGGAGCAGAAUUUUGUACAGGAACAUACAGGCUCUUCAUACGUCUGGAUAGGCCUCAAUGACUCUGAAGGAAUUUGGAAAUGGGUGGAUGGGACAGACUAUGAGACCAACUUCAAGAACUGGGAGCCAGGUCAACCAGAUGACUGGCAUGGGCAUGGGCUGGGUGGAGGUGAGGACUGUGCUCAUCUCCGCAUUCAUGGCAAUUGGAACGACAACGCCUGCCAGAGGCUGUACCUGUGGGUCUGUGAGGCUACCCUGGGGAAGGUCAGCUGGGAGAAUCUUUGAGCUGCUUCCAGGUGGACCACUGAGCCAUAAAAAUAGCUUGGGCUGGGAGAUUCUUUCUCAAGGUCCCAAAGAAAACCUCUCUGAAACAGGAA